GCGCCGCUCUGGCGGUGCGGGAACCUGAGGGCUGGCGGUCGCCAUGAUAAACCUCGGAGCCACGGUGCUCAUUUGCCGCGUGCCUCUCGGUCGCCUCCUGUGCCUGUCACUGGCCUUGUUUGGGACCCUCGCCAACAAACUUAACGUGCCGCAGGUGUUGCUGCCCUUUGGCCGGGAGCCAGGCCGGGUGCCUUUCCUGCUGGAGGCACAGCGGGGCUGCUACAUCUGGCAUUCCACCCAUCAUGACGCAGUAACUGUUGAGCCUUUAUAUGAAAAUGGCACCUUAUGUUCCCAAAGAGCUGUACUUAUUGCUGAAUCUACCCAACCCAUACGCCUCAGCAGUAUUAUUCUUGCUCGAGAAAUAGUGACUGAUCAUGAACUACGCUGUGAUGUUAAGGUUGAUGUGAUAGACAGCAUUGAAAUUGUAUCUCGGACCCGGGAACUCUAUGUAGAUGAUUCACCUCUGGAACUGAUGGUGAGGGCAUUGGAUGCUGAAGGAAAUACUUUUAGUAGUUUGGCAGGGAUGAUGUUUGAGUGGAGCAUUGCCCAGGAUAACGACCCAGCAAGAGAGGAACCGUCUAGCAAAAUUAGGAUUCUGAAAUUCUCUGAAGCAGAAUAUUCUCCUCCACACUAUAUAGCUGAGAUGGAAAAUGAAGAGAAACAAGGAGAUGUGAUUUUGGUGUCUGGAAUUAGGACUGGUGCUGCUAUUGUAAAAGUUAGAAUUUAUGAACAAUUCUAUAAGAAAGUGGCAGCAGCACUGAUACGUCUGCUUGUUUUGGAAAAUAUAUUUCUUAUACCAUCCCAUGAUAUUUAUCUCUUAGUAGGAGCAUAUAUUAAAUACCAAGUUGCAAAAAUGGUUCAGGGAAGAAUGACAGAGGUGAAAUUUCCCCUGGAACAUUAUAUACUGCAAUUGCAAGACCAUAGAUUUACACGUAAUGGGUCUCUUUCUGGGAAAGUGGCUUUACUGGAUGAGAGAACAGCCACAGUGACUGCCCUCCAACUAGGCCAAACUAAUCUUGUCUUUGUUCACAAAAAUGUCCAUAUGCGAUCUGUGUCUGGACUCCCAAAUUGCACUAUAUAUGUUGUAGAGCCUGGAUUUUUAGGAUUCACCAUCUACCCUGGAGACCGAUGGAGUCUAGAGGUGGGACAGGUGUAUGUUAUUACAAUAGAAGUGUUUGAUAGAAGCAGCACAAAGGUCUAUAUUUCAGAUAAUCUCAGGAUUACAUAUGGUUUUCUAGAGGAGUACUUUAAAGAACAACUAACCACUGUGAAUGGAUCUUACCAUGUAGUAAAAGCCUUGAAGGAUGGUGUGGUGGUGAUAAAUGCAUCCCUGACUUCCAUCGUUCAUCAGAAUAACAAUAUUCAUCCUGUAAAAUGUAUAAUAAAACACCAGCAAGAAGUGAAGAUUUAUUUUCCCAUCAAGCUUACACCUAACUUUUUGGCAUUUCCUCAUCAUCCUCUGGGCAUGUUGUAUCGUUAUAAAGUACAGAAAGGUAUUCAAAGACCUGGACCAAUGCACUGUUCUAGUACACAUAUAGCAGCCAAAUCUUUAGGCCAUACUCUGGUAAUAGUGAGUGUGACUGAAUAUGAAGAGUAUUUGGAGAGCAGUGCCACAUUUGCUGCUUAUGAGCCCUUAAAGGCCCUAAACCCUGUGGAAGUGGCAUUGGUGACAUGGCAGUCUGUGAAGGAAGUAGUGUUUGAAGGGGGGCCUCGUCCGUGGAUCCUGGAACCCUCCCGUUUUUUUUUGGAGCUGAGCAUGGAGAGGACAGAGAAGAUCAAAGUGACAGAAGUCCGACUGCCAGCCAAGAGAAAGCAGAACCAGUACAUAUACCGGAUCCUGUGCCUGGAUUUAGGGGAGCAAGUUCUCACAUUUCGAAUUGGAAAUCACCCAGGAGUCCUGAACCCUAGUCCAGCUGUGGAGGUUGUACAAGUGCGCUUCAUAUGUGCCCAUCCUGCCAGUAUGUCCGUAACACCAGUAUACAAGGUGCCAGCUGGUGCCCAGCCCUGUCCUCUGCCUCAGCACAACAAACAACUGAUUCCUGUAUCAAGCCUGAGGGACACAGUUCUGGAACUGGCAGUGUUUGAUCAACACAGGAGAAAGUUUGAUAAUUUCAGUUCACUAAUGCUAGAAUGGAAAUCUUCCAAUGAGACACUAGCCCAUUUUGAAGAUUAUAAGUCAAUGGAGAUGGUAGCCAAAGAUGAUGGCAGUGGGCAGACCCGGUUACAUGGUCAUCAGAUCCUUAAAGUACAUCAGAUCAAAGGGACUGUACUCAUUGGAGUCAAUUUUGUGGGCUAUUCAGAGAAGAAAAGUCCAAAAGAUAUUUCCAACUUGCCAAGAUCUGCAGCUGUGGAGCUGCUCCUGGUCGAUGAUGUAACUGUGUUGCCAGAGAAUGCCACCAUCUAUAACCACCCUCGUGUGAAGGAAAUAUUUAACCUUGUGGAGGGAUCUGGUUAUUUUUUAGUCAACAGCAGUGAACUGGAUAUUGUCACCAUCACGUAUAUGGAAGCAGAAAGUUCUGUCCAGUUAGUUCCAGUACAUCCUGGAUUUCUCACCUUGGAGGUCUAUGAUCUGUGCUUGGCUUUCUUGGGUCCAGCAACAGCCCAUCUCCAGGUGUCAGACAUACAAGAGCUGGAACUUGAUCUGAUAGAUAAGGUUGAGAUAGGCAAAACUGUAUUGGUGACUGUGAGGGUUCUUGACUCUUCCAAACGCCCAUUCCUAAACAAAUACUUCAGAAACAUGGAGCUCAAAUUGCAGUUGGCAUCUGCCAUUGUCACCCUGACACUAAUGGAGGAACAGGAUGAAUACUCUGAAAAUUAUAUAGUUCGGGCUGUCACUAUUGGGCAAACCACACUCGUGGCUAUUGCCAGAGACAAGAUGGGGAGAAAAUUCACAUCGGCUCCUCGACAAAUUGAAGUAUUUCCUCCAUUCAGACUUGUUCCAGAGAAAAUGACACUGAUUCCAACUAACAUGAUGCAGGUAAUGUCUGAAGGUGGCCCUCAGCCCCAAUCUAUCAUUCACUUCUCCAUCAGUAAUCAGACUGUGGCUGUUGUCAAUAGGAGGGGGCAAGUUACAGGGAAAGUGGUUGGCACAGCUGUGGUCCAUGGCACCAUCCAGACAGUAAAUGAAGAUACUGGCAAAGUCAUUGUGUUUUCCCAGGAUGAAGUACAGAUUGAUGUUGUUCAGCUGAGGGCUGUUAGGAUCCUUGCAGCUGCAACUAGACUCAUCACAGCUACUGAGAUGCCAGUUUAUGUUAUGGGCGUGACCAGUACCCAGACCCCUUUCUCCUUCAGCAAUGCCAACCCUGGGCUCACAUUCCAGUGGUCCAUGAGCAAAAGAGAUGUAUUGGAUCUAGUACCCAGGCAUUCAGAGGUUUUCCUACAGCUUCCAAUAGAGAAUAACUUUGCCAUGGUGGUCCACACGAAAGCAGCUGGCAGGACCAGUAUCAAAGUCACUGUUCGAUGUGUAAACAGUUCCUCUGGACAGUUUGAGGGAAAUUUGUCAGAACUGUCUGAUGAAGUUCAGAUUCUGGUGUUUGAAAAACUCCAACUUUUCUCUUCAGAGUGCCAACCUGAGCAGAUUUUAAUGCCUAUGAAUUCUCAGCUCAAACUCCAUACCAACAGAGAUGACUUGCUACUUAUUGGACCAGGGAAUAGGAACUAUACUUAUAUGGCCCAGGCUGUAAAUAAAGGGGUGACCCUUGUGGGACUCUGGGACCGGAGACACCCAGGCAUGGCAGACUAUAUUCCUGUUGCUGUGGAGCAUGCCAUUGAGCCAGACACCAAGCUUACCUUUGUUGGGGAUGUCAUCUGCUUCAGCACUCACCUCGUCAACCAGCAUGGUGAACCUGGGAUAUGGAUGAUUUCUGCUGACAGUAUUCUACAGACAGACAUUGUCACUGGAGUAGGAGUAGCCAGGAGUCCAGGAACUGCAACGAUUUUUCAUGACAUUCCAGGAGUAGUGAAAACAUACCGAGAGGUGGUCGUCAACGCAUCAUCAAGAUUAACUCUCAGUUAUGACCUCAAGACUCAUCUCACUAACACCCCUAAUUCAACUGUAUUCAAACUUUUCAUCACCACUGGCAGAAAUGGUAUCAAUCUCAAAGGAUCCUGUACUCCAAAUCAGGCCUUGGCCAUUACAAAAGUACUUCUUCCAGAGACUCUCAUGCUGUGCCAUGUACAAUUCAGUAAUACUUUACUAGACAUUCCAGCAAGUAAAGUCUUUCAUGUCCAUUCAGACUUCAGCAUGGAGAAAGGGGUUUAUGUCUGCCUAAUCCAGGUUAGACCACAGUCAGAAGAGUUGCUUCAGGCCCUCAGCACGGCUGUCACCUCAGUCUACGGGUGGGCCACACUGGUCAGUGAACGUAGCAAGAAUGGAAUGCAAAGAAUCCUCAUUCCUUUCCUUCCAGCCUUUUACAUCAACCAGUCAGAAUUGGUUCUCAGACACAAAGGAGACGUUGGGGAGAUUAAAGUGCUGGGAGUUGACAGAGUUCUUGAGAACCUAGAGGUCUUCCCCAGCUCCCCAGUUCUAGUGAUCUCUGAUCAUAGUCAGUCUCUGCUCACCCCUGGCCUGGCUGUCUAUCCUGUAAGAAUUGUCAACUUUACUGCCUUCCAGCAGAUGGCAUCACCUGUUUUCAUUAAUAUUUCCUGUGUGCUCACCAGUCAAAGUGAGGCUGUGGUAGUGAGAGCUAUGAAGGAGAAGUUUGGUGCAGAUCAGUGUGAAGGUUCAGGAGUCUUCAAGCGGUUCAUUGGUUCUUACCAGAUCCUCCUCUUUACCCUCUUUGCGGUGUUGGCAUCAACAGCUUUCAUCUUUCUAGCAUACAGUGCCUUCCUAAACAAGAUUCAGACCGUUCCUGUGGUUUAUGUACCAACUAUAGGAACACCACAGCCAGGUUCUUAUACCUCCGCAAGUUCUCCUCCUUUCUUGAGCCCACAACCCCCACUGACCCAGAGUCGACUACAGCAUUGGUUAUGGAGCAUAAGGCACUAACCUGUGCUUGGGCAAGUCCCCUUUAACUGAGGGAAUAUUUUUAGCCCUAGACAAGGAGCCUACCAGCAAUCUUCUACACUAAGCCUCCAAUACAAGGGUUCUGACAAUCAUCAAUAAAAAAUGUUAAGCUGUA